CCGAACGCCCGCGGCGGCGGGCGGUUAUAGCUGUUCCCUGAGGCCGCGGGAGCAGCAGCGGGAGCCGGGCGUCCGGUGGCCUAGGUCUCCGCGGCGGCCAUGAGGCGGAGAGGCCCAGAGGAGGGGGCCUGCGGCGUGUGGCUGGACGCGGCAGCGCUUAAGAGGCGAAAAGUGCAGACACAUUUAAUGAUGCCAAACACCAAAAUGCUAACACUUUUUCCUGGAGAAAAAAAGGCAAAGAUUUCCUUUACUCAAAGAAUUCCACCUGCAGGCCUUCAGCAGACCAGCAUCGCUUCCUUCUUCACCUUGCAGCCAGGAAGGACAAUCGGUGGCGACCAGAGGAAUGUUUCAUCUCCUUUAGAAAGUCAGACCAAUGAAGAGUCGAAGAACGAGGUAACGCAGCUAGACCAUCUGACCCAGGGCCUGGGGGAUGAUUGCCUGGCACCCCCAUUAGCCACUUCAACCCCUGCAGAUGCCCAGGAAGCUGGACUUUCUCCACAGUCCCUCCACGAUUGCGGCCACCACAGAAAGGGAACACCAUUUUCGACUAUGCUGUCUUUGCUCCAGCCUGACACCUUAGUCUACGCUGGGAAGAGUAAAGCCUCUCCAUCUUCUUCCUUCGCCAACAACUUGGAAGGUUCUUGCUCACUGGACCCAAAGGAGAAAGACAAAGACUCUUCUUGGGAAAGGGAAUGGCUUCAUGGAUCUAAGAAAAAGAACUAUCAGGGUGUGCAGAGACGCAUUAAACCAGCCAGGGGCAAGGGCCUUCAGCCCUUGGACAAGACUCAGUUAGAAAAGGUGUCUGCCAAAGAAACCAGACCCAUCCUCCUUCACACAUACAGGGAUUCCUGGGAUGGGGAAAACAAGGACUCAGCGAAACACAGCCCUUGUCCUGUCCCUGUACUUUCCUGUGACAGUGAAAAGAAUGACAAGGACUCUUGGAGUCAGCUUUUUACCGAGGAUUCCCAGGGCUGGCGGGUCAUCGCCCACAACUCUAGAGCUCCUUUCCGAGAUGUAACCAACAACCAGAACCGGGACUUAGGGCAGUUUCCUAGCAGCCCGUGGGCUCAGUGCCAGGAGAUGCCCACUCAGUUCAGUCUGCAGCCUGAUUUGCUCUUUACCCAGGAUUCUGAAGGUAACCAAGUUAUCAGGCAUCAAGUCUAAGUAUCUUUAUGAUGAUUUGGUUCUAAAAGUAUCUCAAAGUGACACAGCUGUAGGAAAAUAUCAGGGUGUGUUGGGAGGGAGGCAAAGGAUGAAGUUGUUAUGGAGCACUUUCUUGGUAUAAAUAAAACGAUGGGGCCCUUCCCUGAGGCGGCGGCUGGUAAA